AUGAUUGAGCCAUACAGUAUAGAUGUGUUAUGGAUAUUAAUUCUUGGUUUUAUAAUUGCUUUUAUCCUUGCAUUUGGUAUUGGAGCAAAUGAUGUUGCAAAUAGUUUUGGUACAAGUGUUGGAUCAAAAGUAUUAACAUUGAAACAGGCAUGCCUGUUAGCAACCAUAUUUGAAAUAUUAGGAUCAAUUCUUAUUGGCGCAAAGGUGUCUGAUACGAUUCGGAAAGGAAUUAUUGAUCCUGCAUUAUUUAAUAAUCAAGAAAAAGAGUUGAUGCUGGGCCAAGUAUCAUCAUUGAUAGGAUGUUGUGUUUGGCUAUUAGUGGCAACAUUUUUUAAUUUACCAGUUUCCGGCACUCAUAGUAUUGUGGGAGCAACCAUUGGUUUUGCACUUGUUAGCAAAGGUGCCAAAGGCAUACAGUGGGUCGAAUUUGCUAAAAUUGGUGCUUCCUGGUUCAUAUCUCCGCUAUUAGCAGGCGCUAUUUCAGUCGGUGUUUUUGUAUUAAUUCGAAAAUUUAUUUUGGAAGCGAAAGCACAAAUGGCACUCGGUUUGCGGUGGUUGCCUGUAUUCUAUGCUGUCACAAUCAUGAUUAAUGUUAUAUCAAUUUUACUUUCUGCCCCACCAUUAUUAUAUUUUAACCGAAUACCGUUAUGGGGUAAAUUAGUGACCACACUUGGUGUCGGUGUAAUUGUUGGUCUUAUCGUCAUGCUGUUUGUCAAACCACGUCUCAAGAAAAAAAUUGAGGGUCUUUUGAAGAAGAAACGUGACAGAGAGAGCGGUCAACCUCAACUAAAAAUGGUCGAUGGAAGGUUUGAAACAUAUUAUGUAACUGGAACUGAAAAUAAUGUUUCAACAAGCGAUAAAGAAACACAAAUCGAUCAUAUUUCACUACUUAAAGAAUACGAAUUAAUACGGGAUCAACAUCCCGAGCAAUUUCGACCAUAUAUUGAAGUGCAACGAUUGCGAAAAGAUUCGGAAACAAUGUCUAGUCCACCAAUUAGUACAGUAUCAAGAAUAAGACGUGAAAGCAAUCAAUUUCGAGCAGAAAUGUUGUCUGAUGGUGGAAAAUCACUCCGUGAAAAAACAAAAAUUUUUCGCUUACCACCAUUGCCGAAUAAUGCUGGUGGUGUACCACCUGAAGGCAAAAGUUUAUUAACAACUGGUAUGUAUAUCAUAGAAAAGUAUCGAGUUAUCGUUUUCAGGUGUAUUAAUAAAAUAGCCGAAAUCAUAUGUAGGAAUAAAUGAACAGUCAUUUUCUUUUUCAGUCUUAGCGCAUAGUGAGUAAACCUAUGGUUCAAAUAAGAAGAGAAUGUAAAACGUAAAGUGACCGUAAUUGGACGUUUCCAUCACUUUUUCUUUUCGAUAUAUUUAUACAUGGUUGGAUAGAGGAUAUCGAGCUGAGUAAGAAAAAGUUAGUUUUGAGUUUUGUAAAAAAA